AUGAGUUUUGUCAAAGAACGUGUUCGUGAACUCCAGGGAGACAUAGAUGCUAUAUAUCAAAGUCAGCAGUUUACAAUUACUUCUGCACUUUCUGUUUACGAUGCGAAACGCGUAGAAGUUAUAACAAGUGCCAUUCAAAGCAUUGAGUUGGACGAGGGCAAUGUACCAAAGUUAACUUUUGUGUUAAAACAGUUAGACGCUGUGGAAAAGAUCUUACAUCGAUCAUGGCAAACCACCAAAGAUCAAGAAUCGGAAAAAAAUGAAUUCAAAAAAGAUAUUUCUAAUCUAGAGUGGAUAUUUUUAGCUAAAGUAACCGUAGUGGUAUAUGCAAACUUAUUGGACCAUUUAUUGUUUUCUACGUUACCAUUGUUAAAUGAAAUUUAUUAUUGGGAAGAAUUGAAAGGAAGUAGACUUUGGGCUUGGAACUACCUAUUUCAAACAUCACCUAUUCGUUUAUAUUCUUUUUCUAGGGCAAUGUUUAAUUCCAUUCAUCAACACUAUCAAAAUGUUCCAACAACAAUUUUAUCUUUACGACAAUAUUUUUCUAGAAAUUAUAUGAUCAAUCUCUUUCCAAAUCAUAUGCGCAUUCAUUUAUUAAAUAUUCAACAUUUUCAAUCUUUUUCGAUUUUACCUUUGAUUCGUUAUGAAAUUCGAUGUAAGAAACUAAAGCUCAAAGCUAUAAUGGAGUAUAAAGCUGCAUGCUUGGGAUUGUUAGUUGAAAAUGGGUUAAAUCUUAAAAGUAUCGUUAAAGAAAUGAGUAAUAAAGAUAGAAAAGAACAAGGAAUUAGUUUUGAUAAAUUAAUUGGGAAUAAAUUGAUUAAAUGCUUGGUUUUGAUGGAAAGAGUUUUGAAUCAAGCGAUAGAGUUUGAUAUUGAAAGUAGAAAUGUACCAAAUAUAAAUAUUAUUGUUGCAGAUGAUACGAAAGAUCCACCCAGAGUACCAUCUAAAUUAGCUUUCUAUACUCAUCUUCGUUCCAUGAUUACUAACCAUAUCCCGCAAUAUGAUGAACAUUCAACUCGAAUUAUUUCGUAUUAUGGUCGCCCAUCAGCCAUUACUCGUUGGUGGAUGCCUACUGUUAUACUAUCUGUUGUAACCUUCAAAGUUAGGAAACGGAUAAAUUGGGAAGAUUUCCUGAAUUGGAUUGAAGAUAUUAAGGUGACCAUGGUCAAUCUUUGGAAUGAUUGGAUAUGGGAACCUGUAAAAGGAAUGCUGGAUACGAUUAGACACAAAGAAAAAAGACUAGCACUUAUGGGUAAAGAAAGUCUUAAUUCGGAUUUAGAGUCUUUGGAACGAAUGGUUCUUGACUUCGCUCGUGACCAAAAGCAAUUUACUGCCGAAGAAAUUAAUGAACUUUCUAAACGUAUUCGAGAUGGUGACUUAUCAGUUGUAUUGAAAGCUUAUGAACAAGAAUUAAAGGUUCAAAAGACCAAAGUGGAUUUAGAACUUUCUAUGACAGCAUUAGACAAGCUUUUGAAAUCUAAUGAGUUGAAUUUCGCAUUUUUGGCCGUUGGACCAAGUAUCCUUAUCGCCUACUUGCUUUUUAAUUGGAUUAAAGCAAUCUGGUGGAAAAAAGAUAUAUUAUUUAGUGGUUUACAAGGAACGAAAAUCCAAAUGCGAGAAUCCUUGCGUCAAGUGGAACGUUUAUUUGUUCACAGUUCCUCGUCCUUCACCACACAAGGUCUUGUACUUUGUCAUGUUCAUCAUCUCCGGUCAUGUUCCUUAUAUUUACCAACUAAAAAUAAUUUACGUAAUCGUUUUUUGGAAGACCUCAGAGAUCUGGAUGAUCCUAAGAUGUCAGUGCAACAAAGAAUUUGGACCUGUGAGCGCAUGUGGCGCUGUUGGGCAUUCUUGAAUAUUGGUGAAUAA